AUGUUAUUUUCGUCCAUAUUUUCUCGAUUGUUUUCAAAUAAAGAGAUAAGAAUAUUAAUUUUAGGUUUAGAUAAUGCUGGUAAAACAACUAUAUUGAAUAGAUUACAAUUAGGUGAAAUAGUUCAAACAAUACCAACAAUAGGAUUUAAUGUAGAAACAGUAAAUUAUAAAAAUUUAAAGUUACAAGUAUGGGAUUUGGGAGGACAAUCAUCUAUUAGACCCUAUUGGAGAUGCUAUUAUAAGAAUACAAAUGCAAUUAUUUAUGUUAUUGAUAGCUCAGAUAAUGAAAGAUUAACUAAUACUAAAUAUGAAAUUAAUAUGAUUUUAAAAGAACCAGAUUUAGAAGGAGUUUUAUUAGUUAUUUUUGCAAAUAAACAAGACUUACCAAAUUGCCUCCAGAUAUCUCAAAUUUCAAAGGAUUUAAACUUAACCUCAAUAAGAGAUAGGCAAUGGGCUAUAUUCAGUACUAGUGCUACUAAAAAUGUUGGUAUUACAGAGGCAUUAGAUUGGCUAGUUAAUAAUAUAAAAUAA